CCGGAAGUAGCUGUAGUAGAGAUUCCGGAGCGGCGGGAGAAGGGGAUCGAAUAUACCAGCGGCUGGUUAAGGAUUGUUAUGAGCUGAUCGUGGUGAGAAGCUACAGGACAGAAAUCCGCAGCCCCCAAUCACUGCACAGGAUAUUGGAGAGUGACAAGAGAUGGCUCAUGUACACAGCAAUACAUGCCGCAUUCUUGGCUGUGAAACGAUACCUGGAUUGGGAUUACUGCCGAGUGCAGCUGUAAAGAAACUGGAAAUGCUGAGUGCCACUUUGUCUCGGACAUUGGUAAAUGAAGUAGAAGAUGACGAUGAUGACGACGACGAUGUGAUUGAAGUACCUAUGGAAAACCAGAACUGCACCACACAGGGUCAACGUAAAGAGUCUGAAAAAUCCAUUGUUAGUAGAAAUCAAGAUGCUAUGAUUUCCCAACCAAAUAAAAGCCAUAAAAAGAUGGUCCUAGUAGAAGACAAUGGCUCAUACCCACUCAGUAUACCCAAGAACUUUAUUUGUGAGCUUUGCUUUGGGGCCUUUAGGAGCAGCUACCAUCUUAAGAGGCACCAGUACAUUCAUACAGGGGAGAGACCUUAUGAGUGCGAUAUGUGUGAAAUGAAGUUCAUUCAGAAGUAUCAUCUGGAUAGACACAAACGGGUCCACAGUGGAGAAAAGCCUUACCAGUGUGAGCGCUGCCAACAGGCCUUCUCACGUACAGACAGACUUUUGAGACACAAAAGGAUGUGCCAAGGUUGUCUAACAAAAGGUCCUGAAAUAACUGAUGAAAUGGCCCCUGAAAUAGAGUACAUUUUAUAGCUUGUAAAUUUGUGUGGGGCAGCCUGUGAUCUGCAUAUCCAGAACAAAUGUACUGCCUGAAGAUCCUGGGGCAUCAGAGCAUCUAAAAAGGAUAUGCGAAGGCACCUGACCUCUGAACAGCAAGUGGUUUCCCUGAACCUUUAAAGGGACUUUUACUCCUCCAAUUUAAAAAAAAAAAACAAUCAUAAUCCCACAGACGUCGUUUUCUGGAAAGGAUAUGUGCUCAAUACAGGAUGAUCCAAGGGCAGACUAAUGUGGAUUCUUCAGUAGAACAGCUUUAUUAUACUUGAUGUGAUGUAAACUCAGAUUCUGUUCCAAUAUUAGCCCUUGACAUUUCAGUAUAUUUUUUACUCUUGGAGGUGAGAGGUACAUAUCGCAUAACUUUUAAUUUUAGAAAAGUCAGAUUUGUGCAGCCCGAACUUUAAAGGGACAGUCUACACCUCCGUCAUCUUAAAGUCUUACCUUAGAUUAAGCUGCAAAUAGCCUCCUGCACCUUUUCUAUAUCAUGCAGCAGGAAUGGUAUUUUUUAUUUUAUUUUAAAUGAAUGUUGUUUCUGGCUACUUUGAAAUGGUUGCCAAGCUCAGCCCACUGAUGACAUCAUGAUCUGGGCUGCAUUUGGCUUCCAAUCACAAAAUGCUCACUAGUUAGAUUCAUCAGACUGUCAGUGCUAUUCAGCAGAGUGCCUAGAAGCAGCCCAGAUCGUGAUGUCAUCAGUGGGCUGAGCUUGGCAGUCAUUUCAAACUGGCCAGGAACAAUAUUCAUUUUAAAAUAACUUUUUUACUGUUCCUGCUGCAUGAUAUAGAAAGGGGUUCAGGAGGCUAUUUGCAGCUAAAUCUAAGGUAAGACAUUAAGAUGGCAGAGAUGUAGACUGUCCCUUUAAAGAAGCAGUUCAUGCAAAGUUAUAAUCUGUCUAGAAUCUAGAUAGUUUUAAGGUAGGUUUUUAUUGGACCGGUAUGGUAUUUUGAUGAGGUAACACAAUAAAGAUCACCAGGCACCUAAUAAGAAGUCUUUAAAGUAAAAAGUAUUUAAUGUAUUUGGUUUUUUUUUUAAAUCUGUUCCUAAAUGUAUGUUUCUGUACAGUAGUUAAUAGAUCAUUGAGCCCUCUAAAAAAUAAAAUGCACAACACAGAGACUAGCUAAUACCCCUAUUUAACCAUGGUUUGUGGAGGUAAACUUUUUGAUUCAAAGAAGCGUUGCAAAGAAAUAUCUGUAAGCUACAGUUUGUGUCUCAAUGUUUUUCCUUCUUAAUACAGGGAGAGUCCACAGCUGAAUUCAUUACUUAUGGGAAAUACUGAACCUGGCCACCACGAGGAGGCAAAGACACCCCAGCCAAAGGCUUAAAUACCCCCCCCCCCCCCCACUUCCUUAUAACCCCAGUCAUUCUUUGCAUGGCGCACCGUGUUACCGGGAGUGGUCACAGUUUCCAUUUCCUUAUUCCUGACCAAGUGACUACGGAGAGGAGCGAGUUUUCUCUAUACUGUCUGGGUCAUAGAAGGUGGUGAGUGCACCAGCCAUUGGGUGUAUAAGGUGCCGGUUGUAUUUCUCUGAUUUAAAUAGGGUUACCUAGUUAUGGAGGAUUCUGAUUUUUUUAGAGGGGGAUCCCUCUACGACCGAAUUCGAUACCUGUGUUUAUUGUGACGAGGCACAGGUAGUCCAGCCCUCUCAAUUAUGUUCCGUAUGCCGCAACAGGGUGUUUUCAUCAACCAAUGUUGAGAUGUUAGAUACCUCCUGAGCCCUCUGCCUCUGAGGACUCUUCGUCCCGUGAGGUGUGUUCCCCUUAGAGUCAUCUGAUACUAGACAUGCCUCUUCCCCUGAUACCAGUAAUCCUCCGCCUGAAGGGGGCCUUUUUCCACCAGACGUUACUGCGCAGUUCUGCGGACCUCCUGGGUCGGAGCCUGCUGCUUCUAUUCCUCCGGCAGAGGAGGAUUUCACCUUUAGAUUUAGAGUGGCACGCCUGCGCUUCCUUCUGAGAGAAGUCUUGUUGAUUUUAGAGAUUCCUAGGACUGAUCCAGUCAAAUCUCAGAUCUCUAAAUCAGACAGCGUACUUGAUUAAGACAGUUGGAGAAGGAUGGAGAUCCUAUUCCUUUUCAUCUAUUUCUUUUUUCUUUUAGAAUCCCAGUUCCGGGCUCUAUAGGGGGGUUGUGUUGUGACACAUUCCUACUUGGCGAACACUUUUUGUGCGCUUGCCUAUUGCCUUUUCUAUUGCGUUUAAGGAUAGUUUAUUCUUAGAGCUCUUGGUUAUUGAGGAAAAUCUUUUUAGAAAGAUAUUUCAUCAUACAGGAUGUUUAUGUACUGAAGACUUAAGUUGUCACUUUUUCUAGUGCCCUUGAUAUUUUCGAGAAGGGCUUACUCAAUUGGAGCUUACAAUUCCUUAUCUGGAUUAUUCACAGACUUCUAGCCCCUAAGUUAGGACUUCAGGUUCUUUCUGUUUUAGACCUUGCGUCGCUCUUACAGAUAUGACUUCCCGUCUACUCUUUCCUUCUGUUUGAGGAGUUAAUUUGGUUCCACUAUUCUGCGGUCUUUACCGUUUUUGAUGACCUAAGCUAUCCAGGUGGUUUUUGGGGCUGACUCAGUCCUGGAAUGAGUUCAGGCAGAGCAGGCCCAUCUACCUUAGUUGACAGGGGGGUUCUGUUUCAGACCCUAUCUUGGAUCAGAUUGGGAUCUGUCUUUCGCCUUUUUCAGGCGUUUGAUUCAGGAUCAUAUAGGAUUCCUGGAUCUUAGGUCAGAGCUAGUUUUCAAACACAGCCAGGGCAGUUUUUCUUUCUCUUGAUCCUGUCUUUCCGACAGAGAGAGGGAAGUUUUUCAGAUGGGUGCAGGUUUUUUGUUCUCUUUUGGAGCCAUUGCCCGGUGCCUAUUGCAGUGUGAAAUUUGGGAUAUUAUUCAAACCACUGUUCUUCGUGGUCCAAUAGAGGGAGGGAACUCCCGUCCUAUUUAGGACCUAUGGUCAGGGGGAGACUAUAGGGUACUCUCUACCUUCUAUAUGGGAGGCGCAAUGCAGGAUCACUGUCCAAUAAGGAUACCACACCUUUCUUUCCUUCUUUGGGAACUUCCCGGUUCUUAAGGACCAGCGCUUCCAGUACUUUACUUUUUUUUUUUUUUUUUAGGAUCUGGGGCUUUAUUUUGGCAGUAGCCAGAAUCCAGAUCGAUAGGUGGUUUUCCUUGCCUUGACGAUUCUGGUUCGGUUUAAUUACCGUCGUCUCUUCUGACAGAAGAUUUUUUUUUAAGUAUUCCGUCUGUUUUCCUUGAUCCUCAGAGAUUAUUCUAGACCAGAGUUUUCUCUGGUGUCGGUGCCAAGUUGGAUCCCUGGUGGCUAAUUUAGCCCUCGUAGCCAGGUAGCUUUUUCUCUAGGGUUGGCUUCUUCAGGAUGUGCCCUCCAGACCUCCUUCAGCCCAUCGCUAGCUCUGAGCUGGUGGGUGAUGAAUAGGGUCCAUAUUGGACUUCAGUCUUUUUGCCAGGUUUUAUUCCAACCGAAAUUCGGUGUAUGCUGAGGCAGUGAAGUGGAGCUCUUUUCGUCUCUGAUUUCCUGGACUACUGGUUGAGGGAACAGCUCUCCAGUGUCCUCGUCAGAUCUCCCUGUCCUGUGGGACAUCUUUCUUAAACCUCCCGGGACGGUUUUGACUUUGGUCGCAAGCCCGUCAAGUUGGGAGGGCGUGCCUAAUAGGGCUAGGAAACUCUGGAGGUUUUCCCUCCCAUUUAUUUUUUUUUUAUCUUCAAUCCUUUCUGCUUUGAAGGUUAACUCUACUGGGUUCGUCCCAGUGUAGGGAUCUAGUCGGUCUUAUUUUUGCUGGCUGGAUCUCCUGAGAUUGAGAGACUCCCUAGCGUUGAGGGUAGUAGUUUGGGUUUAGUAGUGGGCAGAUUCCCACUGCUGCUCGCUGUCAGCGACCUUUUCUCCGGGGUGUUCAUCCGGGUCGGAUGUUGUCUAGAGAAAUUCCUUUUAUCUGAAUAUAAUGGGAAGAGGACGCCGAAUGAGAUUUUCAGGACGUCCCAUCUCUAUUCCUGUUUACCCAUUAUGUGUCGUGUUUCAGGGAUCCUCAGGCGGAGCUAAUGGAUUCAUUAGCAGUGUCUUGGCGGUUCAUUACAAGUUUUUCCCUUUCUGCCGUAUCAUUCUUCCUUGAGUGGUGGCUCGAAUCUAGCAGGGGUAGGCGUCAGUGUUACCGAUUGCUCAGUUGAGGCUGCAUAGAUCGGGGUUCCCGAUUUAGUAGUCUCGCCUCCAUGUAGUUUUCCUUGUCGCAUGGAUCUGCUGGAAUAAGGUCUCUUUGCUUCCUCAAAUUUUUCUUCAAUGAGGCGGACUGCUUAGUCUUUGCCAAAGCGACAGUUUUUCUGAGAGGUUAUGGGCCUCUCCUUAAAGCGUGUAAGCUGGCCCCUCGUCAUCUAUCAUAGGCGUGGAGGUCUCCUUCGGCUGUGAAGAGCGUGGUUCGUCCUGGCACUCUGAAGGCCUGUCAGGAUUCUUUCCUUCCUCCAGGAUGAUCUGGAGAAGGGCCUCUUAACUAGUUGCUGUUGGGACAGUUUUAACCCGGUCUGUUUUCAGCUCCAGAGGCUUGUUGAGCUUCUGGGCGUACAGUUUGUUAGGACGCUGACUGCGUCCAGGCAGGUGUGUAGUUCGGAUGCUCCUUUUGGAGUUUUGGAUCCUGCUUUUAUGUUUUUUUUGCAUCAAGCUACCUUGUACCUAUGCUUGAGGUUGUCUCUAAGUUGUUAUCUUAGAAGUCCAUUUUUGGACUUGCUUCUGUGUGCAGAAGUCUCUGAGGUCUACCGCCACACUGCCCUAUCUGCUCCCGAUCCUGUCUGAUCUCGAAAGUUAAGCAGGGCCAGGCUUGGUCACUACCUGGAUGGGAGUUUGCCUGGGAACACCAGGUUUGGUAGACGAAAUUAGUUAGGAUCCUCCUAAGGUUGGGUCCCAGCGCAUCUUCAGUCUAGAAUUUAUGGUCCAUUUUUUAUUUCCUAUUCCUUCACCGUGAAGGAAAAGUUUACUACGGAAUAUGUACGUACCUUUUAAGUCCUAUCUUCAGGCUAUAUAGGAAUAGACCAUUUACUAUGUUUGUUUACUGUCUGGAAAGUGUGAGGGUCAGAAGACAUCUUAGACUUCCAUAUCGUUCCAUAUAGAUGGAGUUUUUUCUGCUUGGGAUAUGAGUAAGCGGGGUGCAAGACUUCUCAGAGGUUUACUGCUCAGUUUUUUUUGAGCAGUGACAUCCUUCUGGGGCCUCUUAAAUGAGGCCUCUAUGGAUCAGUUUUGUUGGGCGGACUACUUGGUCUUCCUUACAUUCUUUUUCCAGAAAUGUUCUUGAGUUUUUAUUCUUCUCUUGAAGCAGCCUUUGGGGGAAUUGAUUUUGCAGGCUGUGGUGCCCUAAGAUGGGAUCCGCCUGUUUCUUUUUGCCCUCCAUUUAGCAUUCGGUGUCCUCUGUAGCUUGGGUAUAAUUUCCCAUAAGUAAUGAAUGCAGCUGUGGACUCUCCCUGUAUUAAGAAGGAAAAUAUAAAUUAUGCUUACCAGAUAAUUUCCUUUCCUUCUGUACAUAGAGAGUCCACAGCUCCCGGCCGGGUUCUCCGUUAGGUGGCCCUAAAUUUUAACUUGUUCUUCUGGCACCUUUUUUUACCCUAUUUCUCCUACUUUUCUUUGUUCCCUCGGCAGAAUGACUGGGGGAUGAGGGAAGUGGGGAGGGGAGGUAUUUAAGCCUUUGGCUGGGGUGUCUUUGCCUCCUCCUGGUGGCCAGGUUCAGUAUUUCCCAUGAGCAAUGAAUGCAGCUGUGGACUCUCCAUGCAGAGUAGGAAAGGAAAUUAUCUGGUAAGCAUAAUUUAUGUGUUUUUUUUUUUUUUUAUUGGAAAUGGUUUUAAGAAACUGAUUAUUAUAAAAAACACAGCUUUGUAAAGCUUAAACAUAUGUACUGCAUAAGUGGCAGAGAUGCUUUUAAAUAAAAAGUUUAUAGUUUU